UACUUUCUUUUCUAAGUCUAGUACACUGAGUCAUCCUAAAACCCGCGCACCCACACAGAUAUCCAUGGGAUACAUAAAGCUAGGUUUCUCAUUCAUCUUACCUUCAAAGCCUCGUUUCGCAAUCAGGCUUCUCCCUUCUCCUUCUCUAUCUUAAAACAUAUUUCUUCCAUCCAAUCCCUCUCAUACCCAACCCCCAAAAUGCCCUUCGCCGACCUCGCCUUGGGCACCCUAAACACGCUCCCCCUGGAACUCCGCUGGCAAAUCUACGCCCACCUCCCCUUCCCUUACUGCUCCCACACCACCACGCCCCCACGCCUCCUCCACACCACGCACCACGACCCCUACGUCCCCGCCGGCGCGGCCCGCGCCUCCCGCAGCAUCUGGCGCGAAAUCGAAGAACUGCACCGCCACAACCGCACCCUGCACGUCCUCAUCACCGCAACGGGCUGGUCCUCGAACCACCCGCCCUGGGCGUUCCGCGAGGCCUGGGACAAGCCCGACUACUCCUUCUUCGACGAGAUCAGGAUCACGGUCAACCCGCCCGCGGAAGACGAUGUGGGACGCCUGCUUCUCGUCAGGCGGAACAUUGCGAGCUUUGUGCGCGUGCUGAAUAACUCGCCCGCGCCGCUGCCGCCGGUGGUGAUUGAUGUCACGGGAAGGGGGGGACGGCACGGGUGGAGCCGGAUGCCGGACCGGCCUGCGGUGUUUGGACUGCGGUGGGUGCCGGAGUUUGAUGUCGGCCGUUCGAGUUUGGGGGAUGUGUUGGUCAUGUUUUUGGCGCUGAGGGGGGCGCCCCGGGGGCGGGUGGUGGUGAAGCUCCCUGGCGAGGAGGGGAGGGAGGUUGCCGACACAGUGCAAGAAGCGGCGGCGUUGGCUGUAGAAGCAGAGCGGGACGCUGCGGCGGACGAGGAUGGGGAUGAAGACUCCUCGGAAGACGCGUAUGGCGAGGAUGUCGAUGCGACGGGGAUGGAGUUGUUUGAAAAUGAGGACGUUGAAGAGGAAGAAGCAGUGCCAGAGGUCACACGGUCAGGGCUCUACCACCUCGCCCGCGCCGUCGAGCAAGUCGCCACGAACCCCGUGCCGGUCAGCGUCUGGCUCGCGUUGGAGGCCCCAGUGCUUCUGUACCUCACCGGCGUGAUGCGGCACCCCCUUGCGUACGAGAGCGACGUGCGCUCGCUGCUCGCCACCGUGGAACUCGCCCUUGACCGAUCGCUGGAUUGCUGGCCCGGGCCGACGGCCACGAUGCUGAGGGAUGAGAGGGCCGAGAACUGGAGCUCAUACGUACAGAGCUUCCUCGCCAUGAAGAAAAAGGUGGAAACAUCGCGGAGGAGUUCUUUUGUAGGAAUGAAUAAGAUUGUCGUGCAUCACAUGACGGACUGGGAGUGGCGGCAUCGGCAGGAGGUGGAUUGCGUGGGGGAGUGUGCGAGGUGUUAUCCUGUAGUGGAUGAUCAAGUGGUUCGGGGAGGAAGAAAGGAGGAGCAGUGGGAGGACGAGGAGGGAUUAGAGGAAUGGAUGGGGGGAAUGGGCCUCGGGAUUGACGAGGACGAUUUUGAAUGACCGAGAAAUGAGAGGGGUGAGUGGUUGAAGAGAGUGACUGGGGUUUGAACCAUCGAGGCGAAGAAAGGAGGGGAGGAGUGAUUGGUCUAGGUUGUAGGCGUCAGGUACAAUGAAGAAGAACAUUGUUUUCGGGUCUGAGUAGCCCUGUAGAGUAUUUUAAAGUUGCUGGACUACUACAAAGAAUUAUCUGCAACUUCUGUAAUAACUCAAAACACAUCUAUAGAGGAUCAAAGCUGGGUCUCAGAUUUAGGAG